UCUCUUGUAUUUGGAUUGAUGAAACAAAGAUGAGAGGUCAAAGAAUAAAAAAUUGGAAAAUCGAAUGUGUUAUCAAGUGAGCAUCGAACUUCAUAGUAAUUUAAUAGCAAUAAGGUAACUAAACGAAUUUAUUGAAACCCCGUAAGCUGACUGUAUGGCAUAUGUGCUAUUUAUUUUAUUUUCAAAUUUUAUAUAGUAUGCUGCUGGAUUGCAUUCGGAAUUAUUCAUAACCGUAUGUUAGCUACAUGACCACUUUUUUUAUUUUUAUAAAAAAAUAGGUUAUUAUACAAAAGCAGAUAAAUAAGUGAAAUUGAAAUAAAAAGAAAUUACUAUGAUGAAGAAAAUAAUGUAAUAUGCCAGCCACACCAUUUCAUUAUUUUAGAGUGCCGAAUAGUUGAGAGUUUAUUUUGGGGACCAAACAUUUUAACGUGUGAUUCGGAUUGGACCAAACGUUGAUUCGCGGUAGAAUUAAUCGAAUUAACCAAUUAGGUCUGAUUUUUAGAACACAAACUGAAACAUUGAAGGCCACCACAUGUUAUAUUACCUAAAUUAACACAAACGAAAAAGUCCUCUAUUAAUUUCAAAAAUAGGCAUUACCAUUGAAUCUGAUAAUGGUUCCCCGCAGUUUUUGCACCUGAGAUAAUGUAGUAUAUAAACACAAUCUUACAGCAUGAAAAAUCAAUAAAACAUCCCAGAAUUACUCUUUCCUGGCAUGAACUCAAUAACACGGUCGGGAACCUCUAAAAUAAAUCUUUAAGGGUUCCAUUUGACCAGACCGUGAAUAAAAAAAAUAAAGGAUACAAAAUGGGGCGAGGGGGGUUAUAUUCGCUCUCGCUCAUCUUUGUUUUGAUUCUUCCAUUCGCCGCGGCUAAUAUCGGCCAUUACGAUGAUUAUUGGUCCAAGAAAGCUGCAGAAGCCUGGAAUCGCACCUUGGCAACUUAUGAGCCAAUGCCGGCUAAAGUUGUCAGUCAUUUCAAUGUCCACACCCACAGGACUCUUAAUGAGCUCGAGGGCUCGAACAACACAAGGAGGGAGUUGUCACACAGGGUUUACACCGGGCCAUGCAUGGCGACGAACCCCAUCGAUCGCUGCUGGCGUUGUGACCCGAACUGGGCCAACAACCGGUUCCGCCUGGCCGACUGCGCCCUAGGUUUCGGGCGCAAGGCCAAGGGCGGGAAAGGCGGGAAGAUCUACGUGGUCACCGACUCCUCCGACAACGACAUGGUCAACCCCAAGCCGGGCACCCUCCGCCACGCGGUGAUCCAGAAGGAGCCCCUCUGGAUCAUUUUCGAGCGGAGCAUGGUGAUCCGGCUCAACCAGGAGCUGAUCAUGACGAGCCACAAGACCAUCGACGGCCGCGGCGCGUCCGUCUACAUCGCCCACGGCGCCGGCAUCACCAUCCAGUUCGUUCACAACGUCAUCAUCCACGGCCUCAAGAUCCGCCGGAUCGUCCCCGGGACCGGAGGCGAGAUCCGCGACUCCGUCGACCACUACGGGUUCCGCACCCGCAGCGACGGAGACGGAAUCUCCGUCUUCGGCUCCACUGACAUCUGGAUCGACCACGUGUCAAUGACACGUGCAAGCGACGGAUUGAUCGACGUCAUCUGGGGAUCCACAGGUAUCACUAUUUCCAACGGCCACUUCACCGAUCACGACGAGGCAAUGCUCUUCGGCGCCAACGACGCACACGACAUCGACAAGAAGAUGCAAAUCACCGUGGCGUUCAACCACUUCGGGAAGAGGAUGGUGCAGAGGAUGCCGAGGUGCCGGUUCGGGUACUUCCACGUGGUGAACAACGACUACACGCAUUGGAACAUGUACGCGAUCGGAGGGAGCAUGAACCCGACCAUCAUAAGCCAGGGGAACAGGUACAUUGCGCCGCCAUUGAACGGGUAUGCGAAGGAGGUGACGAAGAGGGAGUAUACGCCUGAGUCGACGUGGAAGUCGUGGACGUGGAGGUCGCAGGGAGAUAUUUUCUUGAGGGGGGCUUUCUUCAUUGAGUCCGGGGAUAAGAGUUUCGUGGGGAAGCAUCCGGAGCUUUACGACCAUGUGGAGGCGGCGCCGGGGGAGAAGGUGGCGGAGAUGACUAGGUUUGCGGGGGCGCUUGGGUGUAGAGUGGGGGAAGCUUGCUAGAGAGGGUGUAACCUUUGUUUUUUAGUUGCUUCAUGAUUUGUUUAUUCAUUGAAUGUUUGUUUACAUUGUUGAAAAUGUAUAUUUAUGGGACUGAAGAAUGGUGAUGAUGAGUUAUAACGAGUGAGUUUUUUUCCAUCA